UUUUAUGCCGCAUAAUAAUCAUUCUUAAGUUUGACAAACAACCUUAGGAUUUAGUAAAUUAAAGUAAUCGAAAUGGAAAUUAAUUUUAAUGGAAAAACAGCCCUUGUCACUGGAGCCACAAAAGGCAUUGGUCGCGAUAUUGCCAUCCAACUAUCAAAAUGUGGAGCAAAAGUAAUUGCAGUUGGCAGAUCUGCAGAUCUUUUAGAUAAACUGAAGCAAGAAUAUCCACUCAUAAAAGUCCUAGAGCUCGAUAUAUCAGACUGGAAGAAAACAGAGCAGGUUUUAAGUAAAAUUGGCCCCGUGGAUCUCUUGGUAAAUAAUGCUGGCAUGGGUUGGGUGAAGUCCAUGACUGACAUUGUUGAAAAUGACGUUGAUGACGUUUUCGCAAUAAACUCCAAGGCCUUAAUCAACGUUACCCGCCUGGUAAUCAAAAACCUCCUCUCUAGAAAAGCUCCCGGUUCCAUAGUCAACCUCUCUUCCCAGGCGUCCCUGGUAGGUUUGGUAAAUCACUCGGUAUACUGCGCAAGUAAAGGCGCCGUAGACGCCUUUACUAGAGCCGUUGCUUUGGAGUAUGGACCCCACAACAUAAGGGUGAAUGCAGUUAACCCUACGGUGAUCAUGACCGACAUGGGCAGGCUGGGUUGGUCCAAUCCGAAAGUAGCAGAGCCCAUGUUAAAAAAAAUUCCAUUGAGAAGAUUUGGAGAACCUAGAGAAGUGACGGACACAGUUCUCUAUUUACUGAGUGAUAAAUCUAGCAUGAUAACUGGCACCUGUCUACCAAUAGAUGGUGGUUAUACUUCAUCUUGAUCUAAUUAUUCAUAAAAUAGUAAAAUACAUGUCACUACAACAAUCUCCGGAUUUCAUUCACCAAUUAUUUUUCUCGAGAUCGUAAUGAAUUUAAAAUAAAGUAUGUUUCUACCG